UCUUUUUCUGGAGGUAUACCUACUCAUAUAAUUUCUGAUUUUUGUACCUUUUUUUUUUAGAAUUUGAUUGAAGUUUAAAAAUGAAGAAUCAUACAAAGAACAUAGAGUUUAUUCCACUGAGACUGACAGGUAAUUCUCAGUUACAGAUUGUCAUUUUCUUGUUUCUACUUCUCAGUUACAUGUUGAGCAUGAUAAGGAACCUAACCACCAUUGCCCUCACUCUGCUGGAUUCCCAUCUCAAGACCCCAAUGUAUUUCUUCCUUUGUCCUUUCCCUUUCCUGGAAAUCUCAUUCACAACUGUUUUCAUCCUCAGAUUCCUCAUCACAACUGUAACCAGGGAAAAGACCAUUUCCUAUAAUGGUCGUAUGUCUCAGUUGUUUUUUUAUAUAUUUUGGGGGGUUACAGAGUCUUUCCUUCUGGCUGCUGUGUCCUAUGACCGCUACGUUGCCUACUGCAAACCCUUGCAUUGUACAUCCGUCAUGAGCAGCAGACUUUGUCACCAGCUUGCACUCAGCCCUUGGGUAACUGCAUUUUUGGUCAUUUUCCCGCCACUGUUUUUGUGUCUUCACUUGGAUUGUUGUGCUUCCAAUAUCAUUGACCCUUUCAUUUGUGACAUUUCUCCUAACUUCCAACUUUCUUGCUCAGACACACAUUUACUAGAAUCCAUUGCUUUUUUAAUAGCUCUGAUUAAAAUCAUUGUCACAUUGGUAUUAGUAAUCAUUUUUUACUCCUAUAUCAUGAAGAAAAUUGUAAAAUUCUCUUCAGCUCAGCAAAAGAAAAAAGCCUUUUCCACCUGCUCUUCUCACAUGAUUGUUGUCUCCAUCACUUAUGCCGGUUGUAUCUUCAUCUACAUAAAGCCAGCAGCAAAUGAAAGAGUUACUUUAAGCAAAGGAGUAGCUGUGCUCAGUACUUCAGUUGCCCCUUUGUUGAACCCAUUCAUUUAUACUUUGAGGAACCAGCAAGUAAAACAAGGCUAUAAUUGUCCUAUUGAAUGUACAGUAUACAACCUUUUUUUUUUUUUUUCACUUUGGUACUGA